AUGGAGAUCAGUGGCCCGUCUUGGGAUCUGACAUCGGAAUACACAGAUCUUGAAGACCCGCAGCUACAGGCGGAUCUCGAUGACCUGGACGCUAUUUUUGCGGUAGUUAACACGUUGAAUGCUGCGCUGUCCGGCGCAGAUGCAAUCAGCACAGCACAGAAGAUAGCGAUUCACGCUGAGCGCGCGGGCAAUCUGCUUGGCAAUGUGUAUACCUAUGCCAAUUGUCUGCUGUCUGUAGACAGUCAGAACGAAGCUGCGCUUAAGCUCAAUGGAUCUCUGCAGAGUUAUAACAAGCGGUUUGGUGAUUAUUUUGAACCGCUGGCGCAGUUUGUCGAUGGUGCGAGCGAUGAAGAGAUUGCGCAGUAUCUUGAUCAUCCCGAGGUGCAGGCGCUGGCAUUCCAGGUGCAUCAUGGUCGUAAACGCAGGCAUGAAAAUUUGACGCUUGCCGAAGAGAGCCUGGUGAACGGGCUAUCCCAGGAUGGUAUACAUGCCUGGGGCCAGUUGUAUAACCAGUUGUCCAGCAGUUUGAGCUGUCACGUCAUGGUCGGUAACGAAGAGCAGACCAUGGGGGUGGCAGAGGCCAAUAAGUUGCUCAUGGAUGCAUCGGAACCCCAGCGGGAAGCCGCCUGGCGUGGGUUGAGUGAUGCCUGGCAGUCCCAGGAACAAAGCUGCGCAGCCGCCCUGAAUUCAAUUGCCGGGUGGCGUCUGGAAAUGUGUAAACAACGCAGCCGCGAGCGGCCUGUACAUUUUCUUGAUGCGCCGACCCAUGCCAGCCGUCUUAACAGGAAAACCUUAGAUACAUUGUUGGCGGUCAGCGAAAAGAACAAAGCAGAGUCGCAGCGCGCGACAGCGUUAAUGGCGCGCGCCUAUGGCAAAGACAAAUUUUCGCCCUGGGAUGUGGUCGCUCCCGCGCCGGUUCUGGAUACAAGUUCGAAUGCGCCGCUGGCCUUCGACGAGGCGAUUGACAUCAUCGCCAAUGCGUACGGUGAAGUGGACGGCCAGAUGGCGGACUUUGUGCGCAUGAUGGUUAGCAACAACUGGAUUGAAGGCUCGCUAGGUCCGCGAAAACGCCCGGGUGCUUACGCGACCACGUUUUCCAAGUCUCGAGAGCAACGGGUAUACUCAACUUACACCGGCGGACAGAUGGAUGUGAUAAUUCUGGCGCAUGAGUUAGGGCACGCGUUCCAUUCUUACGUUAUGCGCGAUCUGCCUGACAGUCAGCGCAGCUAUGGUAUGUCGUUGGCGGAGACAGCCAGUACUUUUGGUGAGGCGUUGGUGCGGGAUGCAUUGCUUGCGCGUUCGUCGUCACCACAGGAAAAGCUCAACAUCAUCUGGGAAGAGUUGCGCUCCCACACGGGUUUCAUGCUGAAUAUUCCAACCCGCUUCGAGUUUGAGCUGCGUUUGUACGAAGCCAGGCGGGAGCGGCCGCAGCAACCCGAGGAACUGAAAGCUUUGAUGCGUGAGGCGUGGCAGAACUGGUAUGGCGAUUGUUUGUCUGAGCCGGACGAAAUGUUCUGGGCGAGCAAGCUGCAUUUUUAUAUUUCCGGCCUGAGUUUUUAUAAUUUCCCUUAUCUCUUCGGGUACCUGUUCAGCUCGGGUGUUUACACGCGCCGACGUACGUCUGGCCCAGGUUUCUUCGGUCGGUAUGUUGCGCUGCUGUGUGAUACCGGCCGUAUGACAGCGGAAGAUCUUGCCCGUCAACAUCUGGAUGCUGAUCUUGAACAGCCUGAAUUCUGGCAGGACACUGUCGACAGCCUGACGCCUCGGAUAGCGGGCGCAGAGCAGAAUCCGCUGGGUCGCAGUACUACCGGGGAUGUGGGUGAUGUGCUCGAGUUUGUGCUGCCAAGCGCGGCUCUGGUCACCUCGAUUGCGAAACGAGACUAUGAAGGGGCUAAACAAUUUGGUAUUGGUCUUGCGGUGACGCUCGGUACAAACUAUGCCUUAAAAGAGACCAUCAGUAAGGAACGUCCAGACGGUCGGGAUGACGAAUCAUUUCCAUCAGCGCAUACGGCUGUCAGUUUUCAUGCCGCCGGUUAUCUGCACGAACGUUAUGGCUUGAAGUGGGCGUUGCCGGUGUACGUUGCUGCCACCUUUGUAGGUUACAGCCGGGUUUACGAUGAUCGUCAUGACGAGCAGGAUGUGCUGGCAGGAGCGCUGAUUGGCUACGGCAUGGCCAGGUUGUUCACAACAAACUAUAAAGGCGUUACUGUCACGCCGGAAUAUGACAAAGACUAUGUCGGAUUACGAUUCACCAUCACCCCCUGA